AUGGCGAUAUCAAUAGACGAAGCUCUCGCGUCUGAUGUCCCUCUUCCAGUUUCAAUUCUGUCAGAUCUGGGCAAAGGACCUCUUCAGAAAUUCUUCCGCAAUGGUGAUAGAACAUCAGAUCCACCCCAGCUGUUUGCGCUCUGGCGUAAGCUCGUCCUCACUGCGACCAGUCCUGAAGUGGUCCACAAUCAUAUCACCGCUGUCUGCAAUGCUCUUUGCGUGUACUUGAAUGCAGCAGCCUUGAGCCCCGUUCCUGAGAUCCGACAAUUCGUCCUUUCUGAAGAAACGUGGUUCGACGCUCUUCAAUGUUGCCACAAAGCUUUCGAUGAUGGGAAAACAAAACCGGCCUUCCAACUCUUGGAGGGUUUAUGUGGCUUGCUUGAUGCAUUCGAAGCAGAGACUGUAGCAAGAAUGAUGGUCAAAGCAGCUUUUCCAUUGGUAAGAUGGAUCAUUCUUGCGUCUCCUCGGUCUGACCUCAAGAAAGCUUGCCUUAUGUUGGUAUGCCUCGUGCGAAAAACGCCAAUUCUCAUCCAUCUGGAACCAAUUGUCGCGAAAUGUACAGAGUCGCACCAUUCGGCAUGGAUGAGGCGUCUGGCAAGAUAUACCAUUUCACCAGAACACGUGCUCCUUCUCAAUGGGGGUGGUUUCACUGAUCUUUUCCUAGCCUUGAUCUUUGCCAUGACUGAGCUCGAUACGAGGAAUUCAGCUAUUAAAUUAUGCUCUGCGCUAUGCAGCAGCGAGUCGCAUGAUGGUCAAAGAUCGACUUUACAAAGUCUUGCUCAGAGGGUUGUAGAAGUAUAUCUUGACAGCAAUCAUGCAGCACUAGGUGACUUUGCAGAGAAUGUCUUGCCCGCCAUAUUCAAUACGAAACAAAAACUCAUGAGCUUUAUCGAAUCAUAUACUAAGUCGUCUCUCGGAUCAGAGGCAAGGAUGGCGGUAUUUCUUGCUGCUCUGAAGGUGGGACGUGUUCAGAACAUUCUGUCGGAGAAAGGCGUGUUCCGUGCCUUCGCCCCUUCGGAAUGUACUCAGUCCGUUGGUGAUGGCGACGAUUACAGUGCUUUCAGGCAUGCCAUGAUCACCUCCAGCGCAGAAAUUCGAAUUCUCGCCUACAAUCUUCUGACCUCAUCCCCUCCAGGGAAUACUGUCGUCUCUGAGGGAGCUUUGGAGUGCAUUCUGUCCAGCAUCAAAUACCUCCACGAUGAUGCUGAUGCCCACGAAAGGGGCGAAAUCCUGAGUAUAACUCGACGGCUACUACGGCGAAUCCAGCUCAGUUUCUCAGCUCUCCGUAAAGCAAAUGGCUCACAGACCAAGGUUGAAGCAGCUGCAACGACAGAAGCACAAUACAAGUCCUUCCAUCGUCGUUUCUACAGAUUCCUGAAGACUGAGCUGCAAACCGGUGUGCCCUACUCCCGCCACAGCCUGAGCUUGCAUUCUCUGCGAUACUUAUCCGAGACAUCGAUUAUUCCUGACAUUCUUAAAGACGACAGGGAGCUGAUCAGCUCUUUAUGCUGUCUUGCGAUCGAUGCAUUCGAUGAUGUGCGCAAUACCGCGUCACGUCUACUCCAGUUCCUGUCUACGAACAAUCCAAAUCUGGUUGAUGACAUUCUCAAUGCCGAGUUUCUCUCCAGACUCGGACUUAUGGCAGCUAAAACUGUCAGAGCGGAUCAUGCAGAUGGCAUGGGGCGGCUCUUGGCUCUAUCAGGAUCCACUCGCUGCUUCAAUGUCGCAGCUUGUGAUGAAGAGGGUGCAACCGCUGAUACAUGCUUGAGCGUACCUCUAUCGAUGUUGGAAAGACUUAUAGCAGAAACUAAAGACUUCAAGCCGGGCUCGAAACACCCCAUUCACGCAUAUAUGCUGGCCAUACAUUAUCGACUGCGGGAUUUGAAAGCCAGAGACAGUGCACUGCCGGAUGCAGACGUCCUUCGGAUAUACCGUAUUUGUGCCAGUAUCUGGGAUCACGUGAGGUCUCAACUAUGUGUUGACUCUCCAGAGACUUCAUCAGAAUUAGAGGAUGAAGACACCGAUGGAGGGCCCAAAGAUCUUCUCGCUUACUCCUGGCGAGCACUCCGGGAGUCCAGUCUUGUGGUCCAAUCCUUGAUCUUGGCCGGACAGCCCAGAAUGUCCCUCUUCUCGAUGCUCGGUGAUCUUUGUAUGGAUCAGUUGAUUUCUUUACGGCAUCGCGGAGCGUUCUCCACCGUGGCUCAAACCUUCAGUAUAUGCUGCGAAAGGGUUUGGGCAUGUCCAGAUGUUGACACACGAUCAUUGAUAGAAGCAUGGAAAAUAGUUGCACUACAACAAAUUGAAGAGCAGUCAGAUCGUCUUACCCGUCGAUCAGCCGGUCUACCUGCCAUGAUACUGGCAUUGCUGAGCCCUACGGAGCGCAAGUUCUUCUCUACCACAGUCACCGAUCUCAUGGAGAUUGCUCAAAGGCCGAUUCAUGAUAAACCGUCCAGUUAUGCGGGUAGUAUGAAGCUGCCACAGGUGCAUGCGCUCAACUGCCUCAAGGAGAUAAUGACAAGCUCCCGCUUCUCAGCUGUGGUUGUUCAAUAUCUUGGCAGGAUACUGCAAUUGGCUGCCAAUUGUCUGUCUUCCGGAAUAUGGGCCAUCCGAAACUGUGGUUUGAUGCUGCUAAGAGCAUCCAUCAACCGUCUGGAUUCGACAAAUACAGUCGAGUCAUCUCUUUCUAGAAUGUCCAGCCAAGACAGAUCCCUUGUCCAGAGUCCCUCGGUAAUCGCAGUAAGCCUGCUAGAGUCAGCAAAAGAGGCUACCAAUGAGCCUCUUCACGGUCAAGAUACUGCUACCGAACAUGUCUUUGCAGCCCUCGACCUACUUGGCCAUCUGCAUGCCGAGGAGGUUAACAUUGAGGACACAAACAGGGCUAUUCUCCGAGAGCUGGCUCACUCUACCUGGGCCGUGAGAGACCAUGCAGCAUUCUUGCUUGCCACUCGCCUGUCCGGUCUACCACCGCCCAUUGCGAUACAAAAUCUCUUUCAGGACAUUAUUUCGAUCAAGCAUGAAAAUGAAGCACACGGCGUGCUCCUUUGUUGCCGAUACAUACUGACAAUGGCUAUGGGGACAAUCAGCGAAGUUGAGUUCAGAUCGGUCCUUGAAAUAUUUUGCUCGGGCGAAUUGGUCAAGGGAUUGUCUGGCCGCUCGCCUUAUGUCCGGUCUGCAUAUCUUGACCUACUGAAUGCAGCUGCUGCGCACAUUCUAGACAAGAACUGGGCGGCCGAGAGUCUCGAGAAAGCGCCUUCACCUGAAAUCUUCCAGUCUAUGGCAGAGUGCAGCUCAAUUCAUUGGCCAUUCCUUCAGCGCCGGAUUCUGCUGUACAAAACGUACCUGCACUUACUUCGCGACACCACGCCUUCAAUUUCAAGUGAGCUAGGGUCUGCAGUCAUGACCGAAUUGAUUGCUGCUCCUGAUGCUUUGCAUUACGCACUGAACGUCCUUCAGGAGAAGCAUUGCUUGAAGCCACCAAUUUCUAUGGUUCUUUCCCUGGUCGAUCUGAUACACCGCGGUUAUAAAAGAAUUUCCAGUCAAGAACAUGUUCUCCAACAAGCAUUCUCAUGCCUGGCCCACAGCUUUGGACAUUUGACUGACAUACCAACCACUGUCCUCCAACACAUUGAUGGGACAAUUGGUCUCGGAGAGCUGUCAUCUACCCGCGAACUUGGAAACGUAGCAAUGGAGCUGGAGGCAUUUCUAUUGGGUGGACUGUUGUCAAGUCAUCAAGAUGUUGAAAGUGUUUCAUCACGGACCGAACAGUGGCUGCUUCGCGUGGAGUUCGCUGCAGCUGAUUAUUUGGACUUUCCCACAAGGCUAAGCGCAGCGAGAGCGGUGUCGUCAUUCAGUGGGUUCACUGGAUGCGCUGAUGUAUCUGGAAUGCCACACGGUAUUGGUUUGCGGUUGCUCCUCAUCUUGUACGACCUGUUAAAUGACGACGAUGAGGAGGUACGCUUUGAGGCUGUUGAAGCUACACGAAAAUUGGAACUCCAUCGGGUACGGACCACCGGAGAACUGGGAUUCUGCGCCCUUGCUGCAAGGGAAUUGCUGCUGAGAGAAGUCAGCGAGCGGUACUUGGAGACGAAGGAGCUAGGCAGAUCUGCUCUCUUGAAGUUAAUGAAGGUCGGACAGGAGGGUGACAGCUCAUACAGCAUCAACUCGACUGGUAUGCCGUUUCACACUUCGGUUGCCUUGAACCUCAAAGCCAUCAUCAAAGCAAAGGGGGAUUUAUUCGCCGAGGAAAGACAAAACCUCUACAUUGACGACCUCCGCGAAAUCGAGGUCUGGUCCAAAAUACUGCACAACAAUCAUCUGCGAUUCCUGAAUGCUGAACAAAUCGACUUGGCCGUUGGUUGGACAACGGAUGGCCUAAACCAGCUCUUACAUCUACUCCAGACGGAGCAGCGUUCCAGGAUACCAGCUUCAACUGGUUACCAGCAAAGCGUUGAAGAGGUUGAGAAAUUCUCCGCCUUGUUCAAUCCCUUGGGAGCAACAUAUGAUCAUGAAAUACUUGUGGUAUUUCUGAAAGUGGUCUGCAUCGCACGAAUUCUCCUUGCCGAAGAUGAGACUAAGCCCAGGUUUACGGCUGUACGGGAAUUGCUACAACAAUUACGGGCAGACCUUGUGAAUGCGCAAGCUAAUGAGGUUCUCCUGGAUGCCGUUAAUGUCGCGCUCGCCGAGCAACCGUGA